AUGAUGACCAAAACGAAUAGUCUACGUAGCCUACAAACAAGAGGCGCAGUGACUGAGUGCAAAGAGCGCGUGCCACAAACUUCCUCACAAUUUCUCAAACUCUCAGAGAACGAAGAGGGGAAUAAAAUAUCGACACAGCGAACAAUAAUUUCGCCGUAAACAGUGUGGUGAUAUCGAGAAAUUAUCGUAUAACCUAGAUACAUAAUUUUAUCGAAGGCAUCAUCACCUUGCCGUUUCCAGUUUUCACCUGUAAAUCUACUGCGCGAGAAUUCACAGAAGAGAGUUUCAGUGAAUAAUUUUCAGGUGAGUAAAAAUUUCAGUGGCAGUAUUUCCAAUUCAAUAGGUUGGCAUUGUCAUUAACUUUAGUUGACUUUACUGUAAACGUUAAGUCUGCGUAAUGUAUUAAUACUACAAACUUUAAACAUUAUCUUUCUUAAAAAUUACACUGCUAAUAAAUGCUAAUCUACCAAAUUAUUAAUUGUGCAAUGAAUUUGCAAUUAAUCAUCAGUAACAAAGUAGCCAACAGUAAUUUGAAACUGCAAUUGGUCUUGUGUAAAGUUGUUUUUAAUGAAAUAGCAAGAUCGAUUUGAUUGACAAUCGUGUGUUGGACAGAAAGUGCAUUAGUGAAUUCAUUAGGCCUACAUCACCUCUUGAAUACACUUAUCUUGCAACAUCCUGUAUUAUUAUCCUUGUUCAUAAACAGUUUGGUCCUAAUCACAAUAUGUGAACUUAGAAUUUAUAUAAUUGUAUUACAUUGUAGACAUGCUUGAAAAUGAAUGUAAUAUUUUGCAUUUGUAUGUGAGAGAAUAGAGUAGACUAUAUGUGACCGACCAGCUUGAUUCGGUCUUAUGUAGCAAAAUUUGAAAUUGUGUUUUUUACAUUGGAUAAAAAAGUAGAGACUCAGAGCUAGAUAAUGGUAUAUCAUACACUAAAGUUGAGGAACAAUGGGAAAGUAAUUCUGCUUUGAAAGUUGAUGAACUUGUAACCUCACUUAUGAGAACAUUCUAUUGUCGUCCGACAUCAAACUUAUCGUUAUGAAAAAGUAUAAACACAAAAACUACAGGCUACAUGGCAUCAGCAGCCUGGUGGUCCAAAAUAGUAUAACUGGUGUAUUUUAACACCAAUAAACCCACCCGUUUAAAAAUGAAUUUAGUAUAUGUCAAUCUAGCAAACAGGCAACUAAAAGCAACUUUCUAAACAAUGUUUUGGUUAAUUUCUAGCUUGUUAGCUAGCUAGCUAAUGUUAAGUUAGCUGGCUAGCCAGUUCAAAUAAUGGCCAUAUCAUAUAGCUGACAACGUCUUCACUUUAGCUCAUUUGUCUUCAUUAUUACAGGAAAAUAAACUCUCACAACAAGAUCAUUAUUUACAAGUUAAUGGCGAGCCAAUUACAGAAAAUAGCUUACGGAUGUGAGUGUGAUGAAAUAAAAGCAGGGCAUUCUACCUGAUAUUUUUUUUACUUGGACACUGUCUGGUUGGCCUAACGUUAUAUCCUAAUUUGACUUUGGUGCAGGUCACGUUCUUCACAUUACUGUCUCUGGUAAACACAUACUAUAUCAAAUAAAAUCAAUGUUUAUUUGUCACUUGCACAGGAUACAGAAGGUGUAGUGAAAUGGUUACUUGCAUAGAGUAGUCUUUUGUUUAGACAUGUAGCUAGCUAGCUAAACAAUGAACCAUAAUCCCAACUCAUAACAUUACUACCCUGCAUGAAUCUGCAGGUAGCUAACCAACCAGGUUCAAUGUUAGCUAGCUAGCUAACAUUAGGCUAUAACUAGCAAUGCAAAUGGCUCUGAGAUACGAAUAAUAUCAGAUCAUACACGUAACGUUAGCUAGCGAGCCAGCAGCUAACGUUAGCUAGCUAGCUAACAGUAUGCUUUAACUUGAAAUGAAAACGACUUUGACGAAAUUAGAAACUUAUAAUAUCUGAAAAUGUAGCUAGCUAGACUAUCUUACAUGGAUGGACGCAUCUCCCUCUCUGUCACAGAUGCCAUGGUUGCCCUUAGUUAGAAGAUUUAAUCCGGAGGCAGAUUUUUAUACAACAGACUUCUGUUUGUUCUCUUUUCGACUCCCUCCGCACAUUUGCAAUCAAACGCCAGAAUUUUCUCCAUCUCCUUAGCUAUCAUACUCUGCUUCCACCGGGCAUUCCACUGAUUUCAAAACUCGGUCCUCCAGAAAGUGGAGAGCAACACUUUUGCAGUUAUUUGUGAUAUCUUUUUUUAAACGCGUUAGAAAGGAUUGCCUACACAUACUGAGCAGCCCUUUGUUAUAGACAGAAGCGUGUUACAUGGCAGACCAAUCCGAACUCAUUUCUUGGCAUUUCCAGCCAAUUCAUUAUCUCAGCCAAUCAUGGCUAGCUGGAAGGUUCCUGUCUUUUUCCAUGGCUAAACCAACUAGGCUCGUAAUUUAACAAUGUUAUUCGUAUUUACCGAUGGCAUACAAGUUUGUUAUUAAGGCACAUGAAAGUUCACAUGUUCCAGAAGGCAUUUCUGCCAAAAAACGCAUUUUGAUAAAAAAAGUUUACGUUCAAAUGCCUCUCCUGUGAAGUAGUGACGCACGACAUACACCUAGUUUCCUGAAACGGGUCACAUAUGGCAACAUAUUGUUUUGAAGAUAUCAGUGAAUUCUUCCGUAUGCCAGUUAUAGUUUGUGUUCUCCCUUAUUACACAUUACUAUAAAUAUGUGCCUGUCUCACUGAUAUAUUUCAGAUGCCUUUGUCCAUAUGGACAGACCACUGAGGGCCCGAAGAUGCAGGAAAGGGAAAGGAGAUACAUAGUCAGUUGGACAACUGAAUGCAUUCAACCGAGAGAUGCUGAUUUAGCUGCUGCUCUUCCUCUUCUGCCAGACUCAAGCAUUACUUUUGAGAAGAGGAGCAUUGUUGGACAAGGCAUUAUUUUCUCCUAAACUCUCCAAGGCUGUUUGUUUAGAAGACACUGGGUCAGACAUGAACGGUAAGGGCUGUCAUCUCCUGGUCUCCCCCUCUGGUGUGCCCCCUUCGCUGGGCAUGAUCACAGGACAGCAGGCCCCCUCCAUCAGGAUACCUAUACGCACCACCCUCUCCCCGGGAUGCUGUGCCACCCUGAGCCCCUCUCCGGUGGGUAGCAGGGGCAGAGGAGGGGGUGUCCAACACUCCCAAGUACCCCUUAGCUCCAGGACAAACUCUGGGAAUUCUGGGAGUUCUGUCCUGCUUCCUGCCCUGAGCCUCCGCAAGCAGGUGUUGACCAAUGGGAAACAGCCAAAUGUUUUAGGUGUCUCACAGAUGUCAUGGCAACAAAUGCCCACCCUUCAACUCCCACCCACCAGCCUUGCAGCCACCAAUCAGGGCAUGGCGUCCGACUGCUCUGACAGUGGUGUCAAAGGUAAGUUCUUCCAAGCCUUGUAAAUAAACAACGUUAAAUACAGAGUAAUACAUUUACACAUGGGUAAACACCCAAUGAUGAUAUCUUGACCUUCUAUGUAAGAUAACUGUUAUGGACUUGAGCAGCCUCAGCCUUUGUCCCAUCAGUAGGAUAUAGUGUGACCUUAAUGACCUUAGAGCAGUGGUCAUCACUCAACAUGCUAACUGCUGAUACACUUGUAAGUGAGGAUGUCACUCCAAAUAAGUCGGAAGUGUCCUAUUGAAGUAACCAGUUGCUGUUUCCUACCAUAAACUAUUAUUUAAAACUUAAAUCUUUUUGAGGAACUCUUCUUCCCUCUCAACUGAAAGAUCCCAGUGUGCACAUGUCCUAGAACAGAAGACAGGCUCACAGUGAUAUGUUGUAAGCAGAGUCGUUCAAUCAGCCCCUCUCUUUUCCCCUCUCUUGAAAGUAGCACUGAUUUACUGUACAUAGACGUCUUCAUACUUCACUUUACCUCAAUGUCGUCCGCCCACCCUAACCUACGCUCCUCCCCAGACCUCCUUUCUCCCUGGCCUGUUUAUUGAUAAUUAACCAAGCAGAAAGCUUGUCCCUAAAUGAGCCAAGGAGGAAAAAGAGGAAGAACAAAAAUCUAAUCGGUUUGUUGGGGGGAAUUUCAGGAUUCAUAAGCUUCCCCUUACAGAAAAAGCAUGAUUUCACAUGUGGAAAAUCAUGUGAAAACAUGUGUUUUUGGAACACUUCACGUGUAAUCACAUUUUCACAUGUGUAGUUUCAUGUUAUCACAUGUUGCUUUACAUGUUCACAUCUUAUCACAUUAACUUCACAUAAGAGCAAGUGAUCACAUUAAAAUGUGUUUUUGGAACAAUUUACAUGUGAUCACGUGAAAUUCAUAAUCAUUCGUAAGGGUCUACUGAACACGACAAAAAACGUUAGGUUUGUGUUUGAUUUCUGUUGAAGAUGUCUGUCUCAUAGGUCCCUGGUGUGCAAACACAGGUUGCUGUGUUAAGAUGGUUAAGUGAACUGUGAUGGAGAUGACCAGACCCUGAACCGUGGAUUAAUUGCAUCUCUAUCAAAGUCAGAUACUGCCAGUGCAAACUAGAAAUGUGUGUCAGAUACAGUAUGAUGACAAUGGUUGGAUGCAAAUGUCAAUGCCACAACCACAUUGAAGCCUACAGUAGUUGAAGCGCUCACUACAAAUACACACAGGGAGAGUUCUCCACAAUCUUCUUUCUAUUAUAUAGACAAGUUGUCUUGUCUAUAAUUUACUUAGAAUAGCUUAAUUCUAUAAUUAAUUAACUUACGAAAGUGGUUAUUUUUAAUCUUGUUUCAAGCUGUGUUGAACAAUGUUGAUUGAAAGACUUUAGAACAAGCAGCAACACUGGAAUGUUGAGGCUGGAGUGCUCAGAUAUAGACUUCUGAUUCAAUAUGAUUUUUGUAAUACAGGGUUUUUUCUGGAUAAAAAGGGAGUUAUGGUGGUGGGCGUGGGAGGAGGCGUGGUAAUGGCCGCAGUCGGCACGGCUGAAUUUUAGAGUAAACCCCAUCUUGGUGUAGAGAACUUUUUGCAUUUGCCAAUUUCCUGCAAUUCUAUACAUUUCUACAUGGAGCUGAGAUUAAAAAUAAAAUAAAAAAUCAGUUUUAUAGCUAAUUUCCUUCAAUUCUACAAAUUUUGCCAUGGAGCUGAGAGAAAAUUGUGCAGUUUUCAAGCUUAUUUCCUGCAAUUCUAUACAUUUUGCCAUGGCUAAUAAGUCUGUGUUCGUUUCCUCAAACAUAAUAACAAAACCAAUACUGCUAAAUUCAUAGUUUUUUUUAUUUUCAACUCUCCCUGACUGUCUAGCUUUUAUUUUGGUGAUUGUUAGUUCUCAAAGAUUAUAUUAUAAAAAAUACUUUAUAUCUGGUUUUAGUCAUUAAAGUUUACACUGAAAGCAUUUUUCCAACCCAUAAUGUUGACACUGUUUUGAUUUGUAAAGUAUAUGGUCUAAUUUCCUAUGUCCCUGUAUAGUAUGACCUUGGUGGUGAACCCUCAACCCUCUAAUGGUGAACUUGUCUCUACCAGGUUACUCUGUCUCAGGACCAAGUAUGCAGGUGUUGGGCCAGCAGGCUGGUGCUAACCUCUGGGUCACCAGUAGUCCCAUGGUGGUCCAGAGCCUGGGCCCAGUGUCUCCUGUCACGGGCCAGGCCUACACCUCUGAGCCUCUGGUACCACAUCCCCAACCCCCACAAGGCCUGGUGGUACCGUACACAGAUGCCAGGUGAGUCAACCUCUACACCACUCUAGGUGAGGGAGUAUACCGCCAAACUCUUGUCAUUACACUGAUUUCUGUGCUACGCUAAACAAAAUCAACAUACAGUACUCUAUUAAACAGUUGUGAUACUCAUUUGUGAGAUUUCCCUGGUACUUACUUACAUAGUACGAUGUGUUGUUUCUCAGGUCCUUGCUCUCCAGAGAGUCCCUGGCAUCCACCACCCUGAGCCUAGCAGAGACCCAGUCAGUUCUGAGUGGCAGACAGGAGUGGCCCUAUGGCUACCGGGUCCUUCCUCCACUCUGCCCACAACAGGGUUCCACCCAGGCCAGCGAUGGGGGUGAGCUGCUCAGCCUGCCCCCUGGCACUGCCAUGUCCGGGGGCACCAGCAUCUCCAACUCUGCCUCCCUGCCCUCCUACCUGUUUGGGGGAGAUGCCAACAGCCCCCGGCAGUACUCAGCCCGCUCCAAAAAGAGGGCCCUCUCCAUGUCACCUCUGUCAGACGGCUAUGGCAUCGACUUCAACGCCAUCAUUCGUACCUCGCCCACCUCGCUGGUGGCUUACAUCAAUGGCUCCCGGAGCUCUCCAGCCUCCCACCACACCCUUUCACCCCUCCAGCCUGAGGUCUAUGGCCACUUCCUGGGGGUAAGAGGGAGCUGUAUCCCCUAUCCUCAGCCUCCAGGCCUCCGCAGCCUCCCAGGCUCCACGCUGGCUCUGACCCCACUGAGUGACCCCCACCAUGGGAUGGAUUGUGGCCGCAUGCAGAGGCUGGAGCAGGGCGGGGCGCUGGAGAGCCAGAUGGCUAACAUGGUGGUGGAGCAGCAGUGUCUCCCAGAGGCGGGAGGGACACCACAGAGGGCUGCCAGGAACACUAAUGACCUGGUACCAUCUCUACACUUUCAGCUAGAGUUGGCCACCAUCAUCAGAUCAGAUAGUCCACCGCAGGGCCCCCCGCCUCCCUACCACUCUCACCAGCACCGCCACCUCCAAAGACCCCCUAGCCACAUCCAGGGUCAGGCCCAGUCCCAGGGCCCUGUCGCUCAGGCCCCCCCAGCUCCCCCUGGGCAUGGGGCCAGCCUCGUGCCCCAUCCCCUGUCCCUGUUCCCCAUGCUGGAGGAAGAGGAGGGGGAGCUGGAGGACUACAGUAGGGGGCACUGCUGCCGCUGGGUGGACUGCAGUGCUGUGUAUGACCAAAAGGAGGAGCUGGUUAGGCACAUAGAGAAGCGCCAUGUGGACCAGCGUAAGGGCGAAGACUUCACCUGCUUCUGGGCGGGGUGUCCACGCAGGUUCAAGCCCUUCAAUGCCCGCUACAAACUCCUCAUCCACAUGAGAGUCCACUCUGGAGAGAAGCCCAACAAGUGCACGGUACAUAGCAAAUCAAUCUCUGGUGAAGGCCUCAAAACUGUCUUUAACAUGCAAGUGUGUAUCUGUUUAGUCAUCCACUUCAGAAUCCAUUGGCUUUACCUGAACCAAAUUUUACCUCAGCUUUACAUACAUCCCCCUUAUGCACAAUGGUUAACAUCCUUUUUUCCAUAAGUGUGUUACAGGGGGUUCCCUUCCCGACUGUCUCUCCUGUCUACUGUGAGUCAACCAGCCAGGGAAAUAGACAUCUUGAAGUACGCACGUUGUACCUCUUUAAUGCCUUUGUGUACUCUGAUGUACGUUUGAAGGCUGAAGGUUGGGGUCAGAAAUAUGGUCUUUCUCCUCUUAACUGCUGCCACGGGCUAAUUAGCCAGCUCUGUGAUAAUUGACAUGGGAGUUAACUCAAUUAUGUAGUUAUUAAAUCAGCACAAAGACAGCGCUGUGCUUAAGAUCUGGCAGGGCACCAGUCAGUAAGCCUCCUACUCCCCCCCCCCCCCCUCUCCCCCCCUCUCUCUCUCUCUCUCGCUCUAUCAGGCAGUCACAGGGCCUGUAAGCAGCCAAUAAGGCUUAUUAGUGCCAAGUCAGGUACAGACUUGGCUGGGGUUCUGGGAAGGUGAUGCCCCCUGGCCCGGUUCUUGAUCGGUCUGGUUCUGUGGCCAAGGAGAGAGACACUUGAAUGGAGUUAAUCUGAAAGCCAUGUAUCCUUGGACAUGGUUCUGAUGAAGGGAUUGGCUUGAUUCCCCUGAGACAGGUGCUCCCAGGCCUAGUGCUGCUGCUGCUGGUGGUGCUCUCAAAUGUGCCGCUAGAGAAGGCUAAGUUUGGUUCUCUUCCCUAGUCGCUUUUGAUGUUUGUUUUCUGUCGGUUGACAGAUGAGUUGUACUGCACUGUAUAUUAGAGCUGGGCGAUAUUGACACAAAUCCAUAUUGCACUAAAUUACCUGAAUUGUUGUGAUAAUGAUAAGGAUAACAAUACGUUUAUAACAUUAAUGUGCACCAGUUUUUUAAAUUAUCCUUUAAACUACUACUACAUGUUUAUGGUGGUUGCCAUAACAAUCACCCAUAUUAGCAAACUUAUUUCAAACUUAUUUACAUUUCUGUAUUAUAGGCUACUUAUCGUAAUGAACAAUAUCAGCAAAAUGCCUGCGAUAAGUGAUCGGUAUGGUCGUUGUCAAUAAUUUUCUGUUAAUCGUCCCAGCUCUACUGUGUUGUAAUUGCAGUUAAAAGGUAUCCUUCAGGAGCCAUAGCAGCAAAACAUCUAUGCACAUUAGUUGCAGUAAUGAGCUUGGGCUCUGUUUUAGGAUCAUUAAACUGGAUGAGUAGAGUUAACUGGGUUUCCAAGGAGAGAACAUCACACUCAUACUCAAGAUCCUAGUCUGGAUGAUUGUAGAGAUACCCCGCACCCUCAACCCCACUGGGAACAUACUUGAGGUUCAGAUGAAGAAGAGACAAGCCAUUCUCGUUCCUUGUCUCGUUUCGCUGCUUCUUGGUUAGUCAAUUAUUAAUUGGAUGCAUACCUGUGGUCGACCUUUCGCUCCAAAACACUCACUUAUUAGUGCCAACCAGUCCCGUUGCUAUGGAGGCUGCAGCUGCAGUCGGAUGGGUCUGUGUGCCAUGUAAUCUCACCCCCUACCCAAAAACAGAACAGACAUUGGGUGUGUCAGAAAUGGCGCCUUAUUCCCUAUUUAGUGAAUAGAGUGCCAUUUUAUACGUACAGAUGUAGGAUCUUCAUUUGACCCGUAUUGUCGCAGCAAAAUAAUCCUGCAGCAACAAGAUUUGAACAUUUAGUCCAUAAUGUUGCUUGAUCAGUGGUUAGGCUAGCUAAAAUUAGACUACAUGAAAAUGCAAUACUGUUACUAUAACCGUGUAUUAGUACGGGUUUUUAGUGAAUUAAUGUAAAUCACGAAUUUCAUCUGCAUUUCCAGCAACAAAAGAGUGAUCAAAUUAAGAUCCUACAUAUGUACAAAUGUAGAAUCUUAAUUUUAUCACCCUGUUGCCAGAGAACUUUCUUGACAGGCUUGACUCAGCAGCAUAAACUGAAAAAGUCCUACUGAAAAGAAAUAGAACGGUCAGUCCAUUAUUGGCAGAAACGGUCAGAAAACCCAGACUUACUGAACAAAAACAGUCUAAGCAAUCAAAGUCAGAGCCGAGGAGCCAGACUUAGACAACAGAGCCUCUCACAGAGAGAGAGAACCAGGUCUUAGAUGCCAUGCCAGCCAAUUGUCCAAGAAUUACACUCUAGCUUAUUGUGAGGAAUGAUUGACAGGAAUAGGGUUGCAGAAUUCCAGGAACUUUCAAUAAAUUCCCUGUUUUUCCUGAAAUCCCAGUUGGGGGAGUCCCUGAAUCAGGAAUGAAUAAGCAGGCCUUUCUUACGCAUGCGUUUCUUCCGCACUUCUCAGUAGUUGGUAUUCAGACUUACCUUAUGCAGGUGUGUAACGGACUUUGCAGGUAUGGUAAUUCAACCGCUGAAAACCCUCCCACUUGCUGGCCAAUAGAUUUUCUUGUGUAAUUUUCAUUCAAUACAUUCAGUACAUUUAUCUAAAGCUAUCCCUUUAAAUUUGGUGUACCAUUUAAUUUGAAUUUUCUUGACAGACUCACUAGAAUAUAUGGAGAGAACGGUUCAGAAUAUUAGGGAUCAAUGAAAGAAAUCCAUGUAAAUACUCACAUAUUCAACUCCUUUUCAGUACCAAUUGGUAGAUUUAAACCUACUCUGAUCUUGUAUUAUUUAGGUUUAGAAAAACAGGUUUAGAGAGCCUUUACGUACUAAAUAUAAUAUUGGUGAAUCAAAAAUGGUGUUUUGAUUUAUCCUGAAAGUUGCCGUAUUCAAUUGUUCAGUCCCUGAAAUAUUGGAAGGUGAGAAAAGUGUACAAUAGGGGUUGAACAAUAGUCCUAUAAAUAAAUAUACCCUAAUAAUCCUCACUAAUCGUGGAACAGUGAUGACAACGGUCCAGUCAUUGUGAAUCGUGCGCAGAUAAACCCUUCCCACUGGGCACCGACAUCAAUUCAACGUCUAUUCCACGUUGGUUCAACGAAAUUACGUGGAAACAAUGUUGAUUCAACUAGUGUGUGCCCAGUGGGUUAUCAUUCCAAGCUCUCGAUAUGUAGACUACUGUAUAUCUUGACUUACCCUGGAGUUACCCGUUUUGAUUGAUUGGGCCUCAAAGUAUGUCACUUACGGUUAACCAAAAAAGGCCCUCAUUCAUAUACCAUUUCCCUUUCAUACUCUAAAAAAAUCUGGUUAUACAUUUUCUUGGUGUUGGGUGUUCUAUUCUGCACUAGGUUCACUUGAAUAAUAGGUUCACUUGUGUAAUCACAGUGUGCAUUUGAGCAUAUCAGUUAUUAAGUUGAAAGAAGACAUUCAGACUGAGACCCCAGUAGUUCCGUGUUAAUCCACUUAGUUCCUUACAAUGGACAGCUUGAAAUUCUAGUCCUGCCCACACCACCACAGAAUGCAGGCCUGAUGAGAUUUCUGGUUUGCCAAGAUUUUUAGCGGCAUCUCUACAACCGCAAGGAGGGAAAUAACUUGGCACCAAAAAAACAGUUCAGACUUCAAAGUAUUUUAACAACCCAGCUUCUUCUCAAGUUUCUGUAACCAUUUUUAGCUCUUGUUUUAAAGUAACUGUCCAGCGUUUCCAGAGUUCUAUGAAGUAUGCCAUAUAAUUAAUUAUAAUAUGAGUGAAAUAGUUUUUCUUCCAAACAAUUGCAUUUGAGUAUGUUAAAAAAAACGGAUUUUCUGUGUUUGAAUGGUGUGGGUGUAGCCCAACAACAGAAUUGUAUGGGCGUAGAUGAGUCAGUAAAAAUAUUCACUCAAAUAGACCACUGAUUGGCCAGCUCAGACAAUGAGCCAACCCUGACGUUUUUUAAACGGUCUGUCUGAGAUACAAAUUUGAGGUUAGGUUUUUUAAGUGUUUUUUUCUCCAAUUCAUGCUUUGGCCACCAAUACGCGUGUAGGAUGAGUCAACAACAUUAUUUGGGUAUGAGUUAACAGAAUAUUAACUUUUAAAAGUGAGAUUUUCACUGGACAGUUACUUUUAAGACCUAAAAAUCUCAUGCACUAACUUUUUGCAUUUAAAGAAGAUGAUAACAGACGAGGAUAAUUUGACUGAGAAUGAGGAGAGGAUAUGUGAGAGUGAGGUGAGACAUGAGUCUGAAGAGGAUAAGAAUGGGAGUUGAGCUGUACAUAAGAGUAAGGAAAGCAUCAUGUAAAGAUGUGAGUGAGAAGAAGAGAGAGUGGAUAUGUGAGAGAGUGGAGAAGAGAGAGUGGCUAUGUGAGAGAGUGGAGAAGAGAGAGUGGAGAAGAGAGAGUGGAGAAGAGAGAGUGGAUAUGUGAGAGAGUGGAGAAGAGAGAGUGGAUAUGUGAGAGAGUGGAGAAGAGAGAGUGGAGAAGAGAGAGUGGCUAUGUGAGAGAGUGGAGAAGAGAGAGUGGAUAUGUGAGAGAGUGGAGAGAGGCUGAGGCACUACAGUGGGCACUAGACUGACUCUGCUGGCAUGAUGUGGGCGGGUCAUUGUUCCCCAGGGCAUAGGAGGCUGCCAGGACCUGUCAGGAGGCUGGCUGUGGCAUUUAGCUCCACUGAGGAGCCAUGUUGCUAUCUAUUCAGACCCUCUGUCCUUCAAAGCAGCUAAAAGGGGACUAUUAGCUUUAUUAGAGUGUGUGUGUGUGUGUGUGUGUGUGUGUGUGUGUGUGUGUGUGUGUCGGGCAGGCGGGCCACUCCUGGGCACCGCUGGGCUCCUGGCAGUAUAUUUGUGUGUGAUGCUGCUUCUCAGUUCUUUUCCCAUCCCCAGGCUGAAUGACUAUUUGUCCUGCUCAUUCUCUCUGGCCUGUGUUUUUAUUCUGCUAGCCCGUCUGAAUGGUCCGAUGCUGAUCGCUUUCUCUACACUGUUGUUUGGAGUGUCUGGUCGUGGGGUACUUUCCUAGGAUGCCACUGUAUUAGACAGCAUUUGGACAGAAUAUCCUGCUGUGUGUGAAGAAGACUUGUUUAAGACUAAGACUGGUGGCUUUCUCCGCUUUCAGUAAUACACAACUGCUGUUAGGUCAUGUCCCAAUACAAGCAGGACAUGGUAAACACCCACAAGGAGAGAGAUCAUCAUCGUUGCAUGGGAGACCCCAUCUGUAAGCACUAAAAUGCUGUUGAAUGUACCCCCAAAUUCACACAUUUACUAUGAUACUGUCAUGCAGAAUCAAUUUUCCAUCCCUUAUAGACUGGUGAGCACUAAUAGAAUUCUCAGGCAUAUCCGCCUCCCUCGAACCCUCUUGAGUUACUUAAGGCUUAUAAAAUAUAUCCUUUACUCCAUUCCUUUGACAUUAAGAACAUAUGUUUCCCAUCAGAAGCAGUCAUAAUGGCCUUACUGGAAUUGAGUUUUGGCAUAAUGACAGUACUCUGCUGGUGGUUGUGGUUUUGCUCUGCAGGGUGUAUGUUCGUGCCUGCUGUUUGCCAACUUCGAGAGAGAACAUUUGCGAGUGUAGGGUCUGGAGUAGGUAGCGCUUUGCCUGUACAAUAUGUUAGAUAUGUGAAUUUCAUCAAGAUACUGUCUUGCAAGAAGAUACCAGCAAUGUUGAUUCAGAUAGAGUUCAGAAGAGAAAUACAGUCUGAAAUGAGCGGUAUGUUAUUACAUUAAUUAAAGGAAUGGGAAAUAUGUCCCAUAGAAUGAGAUGAGUCAGAUAUAAAAGGAACUAUAUUUAGUCAGCUCAGACUGAGGGAGAGGUAUAGCUAUGCAAGGAAUCCAGUCCUGGAGGAACAAUAAUAAAAUGGGUCAUGGUUCCAUGACUUUACUCUGUGAAGCUGAAGCAAGGACAUUCCAAGCACCAUGACCGCAGAGAGCGCAAAGUGCUAGGCUUGGCUUACAGUAAGAAACUGUGAUGAUUCACAUGUCUUGAGGGUGAGGUCAUUGCAGUGAGGUGGGUAGUACUGCACAAAGGAGAGCUGUUCAGUUCUGCUGACUUGAAUCAGCUUCCAUCCACUACUCCUGAAUCCCAUAGCUUGUGACAGCGAGUGCAGUAGACCUGGGCAGGGAGCAAGCUCUUUUGACAAGGAACAAACCCCUCUACUGGUAGCAGUUUUCUACAAUGAGUUACUCUGUCAUCACAUUUAGCUCCUAUGAGACCCUAGAGACAAGAUAGUUUUCACAGACAUUGAGGUCUGUUUACACACAGAUACUGACCCCUGCUGGUUACAUUGACAACCUCACCUCUUAAAUAGUGUUUGCCAAUGUUAUUUUUUCCCGGAAAUUGUUUUGUGGUUAGUGCUAUCCGGGAUCCUUGGGACGUCUGUACCCUAACCUUAACCCUAACCAUUUUACAUUUCAACUUCAAUGGGGUAUUGUCAGAGUUGGGACGUACCAAGGAUCCAGGAUAACAUGUACCAUUGAUUUGUGGACCCCUGAUGUACAGAAUAGGUUCAUGAUAGGUAUACUAAUUGUAGACGAUCACUCCUGUCCCUAUGCCCUAUGUGUGUGGUUUCAGUUUGAAGGCUGUCAGAAGGCUUUCUCUCGGCUGGAGAACAUGAAGAUCCACCUGCGCAGCCACACUGGAGAGAAGCCUUAUAUAUGCCAGCACCCCGGCUGCCACAAAGCCUUCAGCAACUCCAGCGACAGAGCCAAGCAUCAGCGCACACACCUGGACACGGUGAGUUGAGUGGCAUAACACAGACACACAGAAAACACACACACCGAAAGUUGUUGGUUUUGUGACAUAAUUUAUAGUUGUUUGUGUCCGUGUGUUUGUGCAGAAGCCGUACGCGUGUCAGAUCCCUGGUUGUGUAAAGCGCUACACUGACCCCAGCUCCCUGCGCAAACAUGUCAAAUCCCAUUCCUCCAAAGAGAGGCAGUUGAGGAAGAAGGUCAGUAUUGAGCUGCCUGGACUCUACUCUUAACAGUUAUACCUGAUAAUCAGCUCAAUCACACUUUGCAGUCAAAGGAUCCACUUGGCUUAAUCACAGUCUCAAUGUCUCUUUAGACAUUCUCUCUCUUUCACUGCCUCUUAUUUUUCCUCACUUACUGUAAGUGACAUGGACACUUCUGUUGUAUCACAAACACAUCCACUCGUACAAUACACUAAAUACAGUAUGGCUACACAUAAUAUUGUAUACAUCUUCACUAGUUAGUUGAUUUGCUUUGCUGCGCUGUAAUACUCAGACCUUAUUAAAGUUCCUGUUGGUAAAAAUAAUGCUCAUUAACUCAAUCUUCGAGUUAAGGUUAUGUAACCAUAGAUACAACCAGCCACAGGAGGUGGGUUGUUUCUAUAAAAACGAAUGUUUCUAUAGUUUACGAAUGUGUGCUCCCACAUUCACAGCUUCUUUCAUUAGCAAGUUACUGUAUUCUCUACUUGCAUUUAUGCUGAUCUCUGUACCUCUGUUUCUAUGUGAUUGGUCUAAAGCUGAGGUCAUCUAUUGACAUGAGCCAAGAGGCAUUAACGGACUGUCUAACCAUCCAACCCCUGCAACCCAGCCUCUCUCCUCUGGACAUGAUUGACAGCAAGCUGGGCCAAUCACCAAUACCUUCCCUAGAUCUCUACACAGGUACACAUUUUUCACAUGCAUUGACGGUGCCUUUAGUACAGUAGUUCUAGCAAAUAUAGGCUUACUCAAAUGUGAAAAGACAUGGUUUCAUACACUAUAUCUAUAUAUAUAUAUAUAUAUAUAUAUAUAUAUAUAUAUAUACAGAAGUAUGUGGACACCCCUUCAAAUUAGUGGAUUUGGGUAUUUCAGCCACACCCGUUGCUGACAGGUGUAUAAAAUCGAGCACACAGCCAUGCAAUCUCAAUAGACAAACAUUGGCAAUAGAAUGGCCUUACUGAAGAGCUCAGUGACUUCAACGUGGCACCGUCCUAGGAUACCACCUUUCCAACAAGUCAGUUCAUCAAAUGUCUGCCCUGCUAGUGCUGCCCCGGUCAACUGUAAGUGCUGUUAUUGUGAAGUGGAAACGUCUAGGAGCAACAACGACUGAGCCGCAAAGUGGUAGGCCACACAAGCUCACAGAACGGAACUGUUGAGUGCGGAACUGUCACUACCGAGUUCCAAACUGCCUCUGGAAGCAACGUCAGCACAAGAACUGUUCGUUGGGAGCUUCAUGAAAUGGGUUUCCAUGGCUGAGCAGCUGCACACAAGCCUAAGAUCACCAUGCACAAUGCCAAGCGUUGGCUGGAGUGGUGUAAAGCUCGCCGUCAUUGGACUCUGGAGCAGUGGAAAGGCGUUCUCUGGAGUGAUGAAUCACACUUCACCAUCUGGCAGUCCGAUGGACGAUUAUAGGUUUGGCGGAUGCCAGGAGAAUGCUACCUGCCCGAAUGCAUUGUGCCAACUGUCAAGUUUGGUGAAGGAGGAAUAAUGGUCUGGGGCUGUUUUUCAUGGUUCGGGCUAGGCCCCUUAGUUCCAGUGAAGAGAAAUCUUAACUCUACAGCAUACAAUGACAUUAUAGACGAUUCUGUGCCUCCAACUUUGUGGAAACAGUUUGGGGAAGGCCCUUUCCUGUUUCAGCAUGACAAUGCCCCUGUGCACAAAGCGAGGUCCAUAUAGAAAGGGUUUGUCGAGAUCGGUGUGGAAGAACUUGACUGGCCUGCACAGAGCCCUGACCUCAACCCCAUCGAACACCUUUGGGAUGAAUUGGAACGCCAACUGCGAGCCAGGCCUAAUUGCCCAACAUCAGUGCCCGACCUCACUAAUGCUCUUGUGGCUGAAUGGAAGCAAGUCCCCGCAGCAAUGUUCCAACAUCUAGUGGAAAGCCUUCCCAGAAGAGUGGAGGCUGUUAUAGCAGCAAAGGGGAGACCAACUCCAUAUUAAUGCCCAUGAUUUUGGAAUGAGAUUUGAGACGAGAAGUGUAUGUUCUUAUACGCCUUAAUUUGAGUCUGGGUUACAGGCUUAUGUUGUGUGUAGCCUUGUCCGUUGUAUCCAUAUCUCUCCUUUGUUGUCUGUGUUUGAUAGAUCUGCUGACCAGUGGGCAGUCUAGCCACUGUGUGUCUCUAUCCAUCCCUGUCCCUCCAGCUGUUCCACAGGACCAACCCUCCUCAAACGGCUCACACCUGGCUCUGCUGCGCCCCCAGCAGGACAGUUAUAGGUACUGCAGCCACACAUCAGAACGACUAUUAUUAGUCUUCUAAUCUGAGUUCACCACAUACGUUUUUUCAGCUUUGACUGUGAGGCAAUGCUAGAGUUUGUUUAAUGUCACUGCCAGUUUUACAUUUAUAUUUGGAUUGAACAUUUGCAUUUAGGAUAAACAAUUGGUAUUCAUACAAUGGUGUUUUUCCUAUGGUCAGAUUAUGAAAAUUCAUAGGCAGCUGUCACAACCUGGACCAUGCUAAACUUCCCUGACUUCUGUCACUUAGUAUGUGUUGUAGUUAUGUGGAAAUAAUUUUCUAAGACAUUGAUGGCGAGAACAUUUCCAUUUUAAAACUAUGUGUGCAUGUUAUACUGUAAUUCUGUCUUAAACGUUAAGAAGUGUAAGAGACAGUCUUGAACUAGAAAAGUGGGUACUGUUUAAACCAUUCAUCAUAGUCAUAUUUAGUCACAUAUUUAUAUCGCUGUAAUGACAUAUUCUCACCAUAAAUGCAGUAAUCUAUUUAUAAUAAACCAGUGGAGGCUGCUGAGGGGAGGACGGCUCAUAAUAAUAGCUGGAAUGGAGUAUAAUGGAUGGAAUGGUAUUAAACACAUGAAAACCAUGUUUUUGAUACCAUUCCAUUUACUCCAUUCCAGCCAUUAUUAUGAACCUUUCUCACCCCAGCAGCCCCCACUAUAAUAAACAUAUAUGAGUAGGAGUCAUGCAAGGAUGUCUAUAACUGCAUUCAAUGUGGUCCUCUGUAGCUCAGCUGGUAGAGCACGGCGCUUGUAACGCCAAGGUAGUGGGUUCGAUCCCCGGGACCACCCAUACACAAAAAAUGUAUGCACGCAUGACUGUAAGUCGCUUUGGAUAAAAGCGUCUACUAAAUGGCUUAUUAUUAUUAUUAUGUUCCUUCCUUGAGACUCUGAGAAUUCAGUAAUUUUCCCAGGUCUUGUGUAAAUGUUGAAGCACUUACAUUUCAUGUGUAGUUAACUCUUUAGUUGAUUUAACAGUAUAUCUAACCCAAAGCAACAAUCCAAAUCAGUUUAUUAAAAAGAGUCGCUGUGUGAUUAUUUCUUUUUGUUACUUUGUGGAUAGUUGUGGACCGUGGUCCUCUGUAGCUCAAUUGGGAGAUCAUGGCGCUUGUAACGCCAGGGUAGUGGGUUCGAUCCCCGGGACCACCCAUAUGUAAAAAUGGAUGCAUACAUGACUGUAAGUCGCUUUGGAUAAAAGCGUCUGCUAAAUGGCAUAUUAUAUUAUUAUUAUAUAUGUGUUUCAUAGUUAUGACAAGUGCUGGCUAAUGAAAGUUCUGAAGUCAUUGCCUUGAGAACUGUCUUUCAGUCUCACUCCCAAUGAUUUAUAAUAUAUACACUAGAUGACUGAUGUGGGUGCUCUUUUGAAGCCCCCGCACCUCUAUCUUGGCACCACCGGCAGUGUAAAAAAUAUUUUGGAAGCUAUAGAAAUGCAUUUAUUAAUGUCAACGUUUGUUUUUGCCAGUUCUGUUACUGUCCCCACUACAACAACAAAAUACUUCAAUACAUACACUAUAUAUACAAAAGUAUGUGGAGACCCCUUCAAAUUAGUGGAUUCCGCUAUUUCAGCCAGACCCGUUGCUGACAGGUGUAUAAAAUCGAGCAAUCUCCAUAGACAAACAUUGGCAGUAGAAUGGCCUUACUGAAGACUUCAGUGACUUUCAACGUGGCACCGUCAUAAGAUGCCACCUUUCCAACAAGUCAGUUCGUCGAAUUUCUAUCCUGCUAGAGCUGCCCCGGUCAACUGUACGUGCUGUUAUUGUGAAGUGGAAACAUCUAGGAACAUCAACGGCUCAGCCAUGAAGUGGUAGGCCACACAAGCUCACAGAACAGCGCGUAAAAAUCGUCUGUCCUCGAUUGAAACACUCACUACCGAGUUCCAAACUGCCUCUGAAAGCAACGUCAGCAAAGAACUUCGUUGGGAGCUUCAUGAAAUGGGUUUCCAUGGCCGAGCAGCUGCACACAAGCCUAAGAUUAUCAUGUGCAAUGCCAAGCGUCGGCUGGAGGGGUGUAAAGUUUGCCGCCAUUGGACUCUGGAGCAGUGGAAACAUGUUCUCUGGAGUGAUGAAUCACACUUCACCAUCUGGCAGUCUGACGGAUGAAUCUGGGUUUGGCGGAUGCCAGGAGAACGCUACCUGCCCCAAUGCAUAGUGCCAACUGUCAAGUUUGGUGGAGGAGGAAUAAUGUGCUGGGGCUGUUUUUCAUGGUUCGGACUAGGCCCCUUAGUUCCAGUGAAGGGACAUUUUAAUGCUACAGCAUACAAUGACAUUCUAGACGAUUCUGUGCUUCCAACUUUGUGGCAACAGUUUGGGGAAGGCCCUUUCCUGUUUCAGCAUGACAAUGCCCUCGUGCACAAAGCAAGAUCCAUACAGAAAUGGUUUGUCGAGAUCGGUGUGGAAGAACUUGACUGGCCUGCACAGAGCCCUGAACUCAACCCCAUCGAUCACCUUUGGGAUGAAUUGGAACGCCGACUGCGAGCCAGGCCUAAUCGCCCAACAUCAGUGCCCGACCUCACUAAUGCUUUUGUGAAUUCUAUUCAUUCUACUGCUCCUUCUGGGGAGUGCCAAUAUGGCCGACCGGUGGCUUCAAAGCCUCUCACUGGCCAAUACAUAGCAUCAGCAAUCCAGGGUUUAUAUACAUCAUUGCUUUUUCCCCUACUGGGUUACCGAUCAACAGCGUUCUUGGUAUUCUGCAGGUGAAAAUUAUACCUUUUUAUAUAGUGACAGACCUUACCUACAGCAGUCCUGUUGAAAUCCACAGUCCCUUCAACAUACUCUAUUGAUGGCUCCUGGCAGAUACUUAUUUUCUGUCUGUGUGUCUAAGACAUUGAUGGGCAGAUAUGUGUUUUAAUGGCAUCACUGGUUGCAUAAUGUCCGACUCUGACAAUGUGUCAGACAAUGGUGAAAUAGAUGGUUAUAUUUAAAGUGGUUUGGUUUUUGAACCGUGUUCACAUCUACUUUCUGUGAAGAGAAUCUGCAGGCCCAGUUGCAUCUGUUGGGCAAGCGACUUGCUAUUUUCUAUUCAUGUUCAGUUCCCAUUGGCACAGUCACUGUAGCCAUGACUGAUUCAAAUGCCUCACCCCUUUUCUCUCUUUUUCUUCUCAUCUGCAACAAAUACGUACUUAAACAUUGGUUGUCAUGGCUUUAUGGCAGUAGGCUCAUAGUUAGAAUAAUCUGAUUUAAAAUAGAGCAUCAUUUUCUCCCCUUGUGAAAGACUCCAAAAGGCUUUUUGUGGCACGCUGCACCUCAGCUGUGAAGAGAGCUGUUGAGAAGAGGUUUUACAGGUUGGGAUUGGCCAGCAACACUGUUGCCUGGUCAGCCCACAAAAAAACAUAACUUCAUCCAUGCACUUCAAAGGCGGUGAGAAGGAGGGUUUUCUGUCGUUUUGGGCAGUCAGAUGCUCAUGGCUUCUCACUGACACUGAUUGUCCUGGUAGCAGCAGUAGGCUGCAGCAUUCACCACGGGAUUCUGGGUACACAAUCGGCCAAUGAAAGCACUGGUCAUUGGUCUCAAGGACCUGCAUUAGUGGAAGCUAUAGCCACCAACUAGAGUGGCUCAGGAAUUCAAUAAGUGAAUCAUAACAUCUGAAAAAUACCAUUCAGAGGCUCUGGGAAGAGGAUUGCUGUAAUUACCUUUCUAGAUGUUAAAUCGGUUGUAAAAUCCCUGUUGCCAUUUUCUUCACUGCCGUUAUGUGAUUUCGUUAUUCCCUCAUUCAGCCUGUGCAUCGUUAUUCCCUUAAUCAAUUGCAUUGUAAACACCUCAAUUAUUUUAAUUACACUGGUGCCAGUAAGAAAAAUGAAAAAGGUUUACAGCUACACAAUAAAAGCAUUCAUCCAACUCAUUGUUUGGCCUUUCAAAGCAUUUUCUUGUCUCUUACUUUCUGAUGCUUGGUAUGGGAAAAUACGUUUUUUAGUCUUGGCAAACAAACAGGUCAUUAAGAUUUCUCUCACAUACCGUCUGCCAAAUAAGAAUCUUCUAUCUGUGCUUAGUUCAAAUUGGUUAUUUAAAGUUGGAGAAGUGUGCUAUGUUACUACCCUCAGUUAUGAAGUAGCUGCCUCUUUUAAACAGACUUCUACUUGUCAGCUAUCAGUGUCUUUUGACUGAAAAAGCUGUCAGUGGUUUGAGGCAGAGAGUGGCAUUCACGGCAUCAUGAUAUUGUGUGUCUUUUGACUAAAAGAGCUGUCAGUGGUUUGAGGCAGAGAGUAGGGUUAACAGCAUGUUAUUGUGCAGUAGGUAUGCAGGUGAAAUUACAGCGAGCUCCAAAGGUAUUGUGACAGUGACACAUUUUUUUGUUGUUUUGGCUCUGUACUCCAGCACUUUGGAUUUGAAAUGAUACAAUGACUAUGAGGUUAAAGUGCAGACUGUCAGCUUUAAUUUGAGGGCAUUUUUUUGUCACCUUUAUUGUAAAUAAGAAUAGAAAACACUUCUACAUUAAUGUGGAUGCUGCCAUGAUUACAUGGGGUAUGAUAUUUGUGCAUCUGUAGGCCGUCAUUGUAAAUACGAAUGUUCUUAACUGACUUGCCUAGUUAAAUAAAAUUUAAUAUAUAAUCAAAUCUGUAACUUCCUCACGAUUCAUUAUUCACGAUUCAUUCAGGAUUAUCUGUAGGCUAAUCAUGGUAACAUCCACAUUAAUGUAGAAGUGUUUAGAAACAUAUUAUAUUCUUAUUUACAAUAAAAGUGACUCCAAAAUGACACAAUACAUUAUUCACCAUUCAUUUCUAUUGGGCACAAAAUAAUCUGAAACACAACCAAAACAAACAGCAAAUGCAUCCAACCCAUUUUUAGAGUCACAAGCUUGAUGUUGUCAUUGUGUUCUAUGAAUAUGGGACCAAAUGCUUACUUUUUACUAUUUUAAUACACAAGUGAAUUUGUCCCAAUACUUUUGGUCCCCUAAAAUGGGGGGACCAUGUACAAAAAGUGCUUUAAUUUCUAAACGGUAAAUACCCUCAAAUUAAAGAUGACAGUAUGCACUUUAACCUCGUAACCAUUGUAUCAUUUCAAAUCCAAAGUGCUGUAGUAAGAGCCAAAACAACAACAAAUGUGUCACUGUCCCAAUACUUUUGUAGCUCACUGUAUGUCUCCAUCUGUGACUGUAUGUCUUAUUUGAACAACCUAAUAUUCACUCAUCUAUUUGAAACAUUUCAGGUUUGUCGAUAGGUCCACCCACCACCUCAACCCCGGGUCCCACCAACACCAACUGCCUGGCCCCUCCAGUCCUCACACUCACCAUCCUACUGGCUUAUCCCUAAAGACCAGCACACCCCUGAAUCAUCCCAGUCACACUCCUGUAGUAAACACAGACCAACACCCAGGUAAAUGACACCUACUAACUACAGGUACCUCAUAUACUGUAUGUUCGCUGCAUUAAUAUAUUAGGUGUUAAUGUACUCAAUUGGUGAUAUCCUUUCUUGGAAUGUCAAAAGUGACAUUCGGUAAUGCAUCACAGAGAUCUGCAUAGAAUUACACCUACACCUACAGAGGGGUUUAGCUUAUUGACUGUGGAAAUGUGCCUGGGGAAAGAAAACAAUUGGACAAUUCCUCAGGGAAAUUUCUACUCCGCAAUGAGAGUUAUUGUUUGUUUUAUUAUGAAAAAGUCUAUUAAAGAAUUGUGUGGGUGGUUUGACAUUCUGUAGGUUGAUCUUGGCUUAUUUCUAUCUGUUGUGUAGCUGGUGGCUGAUGUUUUUCUCUGUAGGAAAGAAGAAGCAGUUUCACUCUCUAGAUCAUAGCUUAAAAUAGUAAGCACUUUUCCCCCCACUGGACAGCAGCACUUAAUGUUGACAAUGUGUUCACACCGUUUCUAUUGUUUUUAUAUAUCAGAUUAAUAGUAGUGCUUCAAUAAGAUGGUGAUUGUAAUGGUUCAUAGAACUUCAACUGAGUAUUAUUACUAUUAUUACUUUUAUCAAUACCGUAUUUAGAAAUCGAUAUGACCUCUGUUUUUAAUAUGUCUACAUAUGCAUGUUCCCACUGGGCACACACUUGUUGAAUCAACAUUGUUUCCACGUCAUUUCAAUGAAAAUACGUUGAACCAACGUGGAAUAGACGUUGACUUGACGUCUGUGCCCAGUGGGUUGCCUGUUUGUACAGUGGGGGAAAAAAAGUAUUUAGUCAGCCACCAAUUGUGCAUGUUCUCCCACUUAAAAAGAUGAGAGAGGCCUGUAAUUUUCAUCAUAGGUACACGUGAACUAUGACAGACAAAAUGAGAAAAAAAAAUCAAGAAAAUCACAUUAUAGGAUUUUUUAUGAAUUUAUUUGCAAAUUAUGGUGGAAAAUAAGUAUUUGGUCAAUAACAAAAGUUUCUCAAUACUUUGUUAUAUACCCUUUGUUGGCAAUGACACAGGUCAAACGUUUUCUGUAAGUCUUCACAAGGUUUUCACACACUGUUGCUGGUAUUUUGGCCCAUUCCUCCAUGCAGAUCUCCUCUAGAGCAGUGAUGUUUUGGGGCUGUCGCUGGGCAACACGGACUUUCAACUCCCUCCAAAGAUUUUCUAUGGGGUUGAGAUCUGGAGACUGGCUAGGCCACUCCAGGACCUUGAAAUGCUUCUUACAAAGCCACUCCUUCGUUGCCCGGGCGGUGUGUUUGGGAUCAUUGUCAUGCUGAAAGACCCAGCCACGUUUCAUCUUCAAUGCCCUUGCUGAUGGAAGGAGGUUUUCACUCAAAAUCUCACGAUACAUGGCCCCAUUCAUUCUUUCCUUUACACGGAUCAGUCGUCCUGGUCCCUUUGCAGAAAAACAGCCCCAAAGCAUGAUGUUUCCACCCCCAUGCUUCACAGUAGGUAUGGUGUUCUUUGGAUGCAACUCAGCAUUCUUUGUCCUCCAAACACGACGAGUUGAGUUUUACCAAAAAGUUCUAUUUUGGUUUCAUCUGACCAUAUGACAUUCUCCCAAUCCUCUUCUGGAUCAUCCAAAUGCAUUCUAGCAAACUUCAGACGGGCCUGGACAUGUACUGGCUUAAGCAGGGGGACACGUCUGGCACUGCAGGAUUUGAGUCCCUGGCGGCGUAGUGUGUUACUGAUGGUAGGCUUUGUUACUUUGGUCCCAGCUCUCUGCAGGUCAUUCACUAGGUCCCCCCGUGUGGUUCUGGGAUUUUUGCUCACCGUUCUUGUGAUCAUUUUGACCCCACAGGGUGAGAUCUUGCGUGGAGCCCCAGAUCGAGGGAGAUUAUCAGUGGUCUUGUAUGUCUUCCAUUUCCUAAUAAUUGCUCCCACAGUUGAUUUCUUCAAACCAAGCUGCUUACCUAUUGCAGAUUCAGUCUUCCCAGCCUGGUGCAGGUCUACAAUUUUGUUUCUGGUGUCCUUUGACAGCUCUUUGGUCUUGGCCAUAGUGGAGUUUGGAGUGUGACUGUUUGAGGUUGUGGACAGGUGUCUUUUAUACUGAUAACAAGUUCAAACAGGUGCCAUUAAUACAGGUAACGAGUGGAGGACAGAGGAGCCUCUUAAAGAAGAAGUUACAGGUCUGUGAGAGCCAGAAAUCUUGCUUGUUUGUAGGUGACCAAAUACUUAUUUUCCACCAUAAUUUGCAAAUAAAUUCAUUAAAAAUCCUACAAUGUUGUUUUCUGGAAUUUCUUUUCUCAAUUUGUCUGUCAUAGUUGACGUGUACCUAUGAUGAAAAUUACAGGCCUCUCUCAUCUUUUUAAGUGGGAGAACUUGCACAAUUGGUGGCUGACUAAAUACUUUUUUUCCCCACUGUAUAUAACGUUUUCGUGUUUAUUGUUCACCUGCCUGGGGACUGCAGAUGUAAAUGAGCUGUUAGCUCUGGUGCAACGCAUCACUUCUCACUUCUGAGACGUAUGUUUUGUUGUAAAUUGUCCCUGUUCAAAUCAAAUUUAUAAAUUACAUUAAAAUAAAGCCAAGGUGGUUCUGAAGAAAUAACAAUGAAUGAAGGUGAAACAUCAGAGAAUUAAAACAGAUACUACAGUGUCCCUCUUCAUCUAUUAGGAAAUUAAAAUAACAAGAAGUACCUGUUAUUUUCCUCCUCAGGUUUUAGUGGUCAGAUCCAGAUGGUGUACUCUCCAUCAUACAAUAAUGGUACACAUAAAUCCACCAAGCAGACAAACUUCUGUCACCUGAUGGAAAUCCCAGAGUUUGAUGAAAGCCUUGCGCCAACAUUCACCACUCAGAACAGACUAGACAUCUCCCAACGAGCUCUGUCUGGGCUCACAGGUAAUAAAGAGACAUAAAGGACAAUUAGAGUACAGUAUGGAUCAACAUGCAUUCAUUUGCAUCUAUCUUAUAGUAAUGACUCUGUUUGUUAUUGUUGCAUCCACAGUAUAUGACCUGCAGGGUGCAUCACAGGAUCUGCUUGUUAACCCGGUGCCAGUGAUGUCAGAGGACGCUUAUUUACAUGUCAGUGCAGUGGACCGUUGCCCUAGCCAGCUCUCCUGUAUCUACACUGAGGGGUGAUGUCAGCAAAUCUACCUCCUUUCUAAGGCAGAUACUUUCUGGAAUGCAACUCCUACAACAACAUUGUUCUUCAGCUACAUGUUCCCUGACAUUGACCUGAGUGUGAUGCUCAUCUUGGGUGAGAACUGUAGACAAGAGGGGACAUUCAGUAGUUUUAAUUAAAUGGGCAAAAUGAACAUGUCCACAAUACUUAUUAACUGAUAUUAGUCAAUGAACAUUGUUUUCAAAAUGGCAAGUCAUGAUAAUUCUGAGAUCCUUAGAUGCUGUCUUCAUUCAUGUCAGUAUCAUC